GUCGGAAUAAGAAAAAGUGAAAAACCCUAACAAAACCUCUCUCCAUUGUGGUGGGGUUAUCCUAGCUUCGUGUAAGCAACAAUGGCAUCGAUGGAGGUGGAUUUGGGUAUGCUCCCCUUCGACCUUGAUUUUCAUCCGUCAGAUCAUCUUGUCGCCACUGGUCUUAUUAGCGGUGAACUUUUUUUGCAUCGUUACACAGCGGAUUCUCAAGUACAAAGGCUGUUCACAGUUAGCGCGCAUACUGAAUCCUGUAGAGCGGUCAGGUUUGUCAAUGAUGGACGCGCAAUCCUAACGGGAUCUCCAGAUUGUUCUAUACUUGCUACUGACGUUGAAACUGGAUCAGAAAUUGCUCGUGUGGAGAAUUCUCAUGGUGCUGCUGUUAAUCGAAUCGUCAAUUUAACCGAGUCAACCAUUGCCUCCGGAGAUGACGAGGGUUGUGUAAGGUGUGGGAUACGCGACAACAUUCAUGCUGUAGUACUUUUCACAUUCACGAGGAGUACAUCUCAGAUAUUACUUUCACAUCGGAUUCCAUGAAAUUACUUGUCACAAGUGGUGAUGGGACUCUCUCUGUUUGCAAUAUACGAAGUAGUAAGGUUCAAACUCGGUCAGAGUUUUCAGAAGAUGAGCUGCUUUCUGUUGUGGUUAUGAAGAACGGUAGAAAAGUUAUAUGUGGGACUCAGGGAGGAAUUCUAUUACUGUACUCGUGGGGCUUCUUUAAGGAUUGCAGUGAUCGAUUUGUCGAUUUGUCCCCAAACUCAGUGGAUACACUAUUGAAACUUGAUGAAGACAGAGUAAUCGCUGGAUGUGAGAAUGGGCUUAUUAGUUUGGUGGGCAUAUUACCAAACAGAGUAAUUCAACCAAUUGCUGAACAUUCAGAAUAUCCUGUUGAGGGUCUUGCUUUCUCAUAUGACAAGAAGUAUCUUGGGAGCAUCUCACAUGAUCAGACAUUAAAGCUGUGGGAUUUGGAUGAGAUAUUAACAAGUGCUGGAGAUGCCUCAACAAGCCAAGCAGCUGAAGCUGAUAGUGACAGCGAUGACGGGAUGGACGUUGAUGACAGUAUUACGAAAACUUCUAAAGGAACAAAGAAGAAGACUGCUAGUAAAGGGAAAAGCGUGAGCAGUUCAAGUAACUUUUUUGCAGAUUUAUAAGUCACGGUAUAUCCGUAUUUCAGUGCCAAAAGGUAGCACAUGAUGCAUCACAUAAUGCAACAGUCAAUGUGGUGGUGGGCUUCAAAUUUCAAUGCCAUUUGCUUGUUGUAGUAUUUCCGGAACCUUAUUUAUAAGUGGCACGAUUUUCCAAAUUGUGUGACCAUCACUAACAAAUAGUGCUGUGAGUACCUUCAUCUUAUAACUCUCUCCUGUCUCCAAUGCCUGUUUUAUUUGUUAGCAUUCAUUUGACAGAAACAAUAUGCUUUGAAAAGAAAAACAUUCACUGUCCUAUUUUGUAUUUGAACUAACUUUUGAUUGCAAUAAUGGCCUUGAGAAGAAAACAAUCAAUACAUCAUCUCAGUUGAACCAAUGAAAUAAGAGUCAACCUUGACAAUACUCGGAUCAUUCUGAAAGGGUGCAUAGUCAUUCCCAGCCCUUUUUUAGUGUUUAUACAAUAGUCAUACACAUUCUUCCCAUUGAAGGCCUCUCAGUCUCUCACUGCUAUCAGCCCAGACACAAUGAGACACAAGGUUUGUGAACAUUAAUUGAUUCCGUUGUUUAUGUCCUCAUCUCUCUGACUGUCACUUUCCUCUUGUCAAUCAAUAUAUGCCUCACCUGUGUUUGCCAUUCCCCAGUCUUUAAAAUGUGCUUUAGUAGCAUCAUCCUACACGCUUUGAUUAGGGAUGGACCAGGUUUGGAUCCGGGUAAAGAGGUUCGUAGGGACUGUGAACCAGACUGGGUAAAACGGUUAGCAGGGAUUGUGAACCGGACCGGGUGGGUAUACUCGUAUGGGCUCCGCUUCCUUGGUUGACCUGGUUUCAUAGCCAUUAAAAAUGGAACUGGAACUGAUGAUCUUGUUGUGGAUGAAUCAGAAAUGGGACACAGUACCAGUUCUGGAACUAGGACCAGGACCAACCUUGCUUGGAUGUGAUUAUAUAGAUCAUGAGACAUGGAGUUUCUGGUUGCAUGAAAGCCACCCAAAGACCAACCUAUGUUCUUUUUACCUGCAGUACCAUUGCACCAAGCUUUCAUCAUUUGGACAAGAUCAAGUUCAACUACCCUUUGCCUGAUCAGCAGUUCAAGCGAGGCCUCUGCAAUGCAUAAAACAUCAUUCUCGUAAGUGAGAUUUCCAGUCUGGCUUCUAAAGUAGACAAUUUGCCAAUUAAAUUCUAAAACAGAAAACAGGUGAAACUUUACAAUCUCAUAACUUAAAUGCAUCUGUUGUAGUAAGUGCUAUUACUAAUAGUACAGGUUGACACUUCCCGGUUUUGAAUCAGAAGUUAGAACUGAAACUGAAACGGGUGAUGAGUAUCCAAAGUCCAAACCGCUCAAUUGAGGACUAAAAUCAGAUUCUUAUAUAUAUAUUCCACUUUCUGUUUGAUAACUACUGCCAAUCUGCCAUAUCAAAAGACACAGAUUCAUUGUUUUUUACUCCGUACUACUUUUCAUUUGUUUACCUAUCUCCCCCACUUUUUUGCACUAUCUUACUCUUUCUGUGAACAAUAUUUCAAUGAGUAAAAGGGAAUUGAUGCUUGGAAGUAACGGGACUGAUCCAAAUCGAUAUCACAUUAUAUCAC